CAUGUGUUGACUCAAGUGGGAGGGACUUCUGUGCAUUUUCUAGCCCUGUUAAAUACUGUGCAUUGCCUUUUUCUCCACAUCUACAGUAUGACCUGAGGUCGUGAUCAUGGACUUUUCUCGGCUCCACAUGUACACCCCUCCGCAGUGUGUGCCGGAGAACUCUGGGUACACGUACGCACUCAGUUCAAGUUAUUCUUCUGAUGCUCUGGAUUUUGAGACUGAGCACAAAUUGGACCCUGUGUUUGAUUCUCCAAGGAUGUCCCGCCGUAGUUUGCGCCUGGUCACAACGGCAUACCCGCCGGGGGACAGCCAAGCCGUGGGAACUCACUCCUGUAUCAGCAGCACUGGCUCCCUUAAGGAUGGAGUGGCCAGAACAGCAAAACAACGCAGAAGUGCAACCAAAAUGGCUUUUAGUAUCAACCAUGUGUCCAGGCAGGUCACAUCUUCAGGUGCCAGCCAGGGUGGCUCUAAUAAUCUGCAGCCUCCUGUGCUGGAUGAGUCUUUGAUAUGUGAGCAGACCAAAGUGGACCACUUUUGGGGUCUUGACGAUGAUGGUGAUCUUAAAGGUGGAAAUAAAGCUGCCAUUCAGGGAAAUGGUGAUAUGGCAGCAGGAGCCACAGCAUACAAUGGCUACACCUGCAGCGACUGUACUAUGCUCUCCCAGCGCAGAGACGCGCUCACAGCACACUCUGCAGCCCAGGGGCUGAUGACAAGAAUUUACUCCAGGGAGAGGGAUCCAAAACGCGGUUCGUCUUUCUACAUGGAUAGGAUUUUGUGGCUGGCCAAAUAUACUUCAUCAUCAUUUUCAUCAUUCUUAGUUCAACUUUUUCAAGUGGUUUUAAUGAAGCUCAAUUAUGAAUCAGAAAAUUAUAAAUUGAAAACUGAUGAAUCAAAAGAUUGUGAAUCAAAAAGUUAUAAAUCAAAAAGCCAUGAAGUGAAAGCUCAUCCCAGUUACUGUGGGAGAAUGAAUGUAAGAGAGUUUCUCAGAGAGGAUGGCCACCUCAAUGUAAACGGGGGCUCACUGUGCGGUGACUGUAAGGGGAAGAAGCACCUGGAAACACACACGGCCACCCAUCCACAGUGUCCACGGCCGCCAGGGCUGGCAGGGGCCCUCGGGCACGUCUGUGCUUGUGCAGGUUACUUCUUGAUGCAAACACUGCGAAGGAUUGGAGCUGCGGGAUGGUUUAUGUCCAGGAUGGUGUGGUCAGUCCUUUGGUUGGCCAUUGUGGCUCCAGGGAAGGCAGCCUCUGGACUGUUCUGGUGGCUAGGGGUUGGAUGGUACCAGUUUGUUACUCUGAUUUCUUGGCUGAAUGUGUUUCUUCUUACAAGGUGCCUUCGGAAUUUUUGUAAGUUUUUAAUCUUGAUCAUCCCACUAUUACUUUUACUAGCAGGUCUCUCCUUGUGGGGCCAGGGUGAUUUCCUUUCAUUCCUGCCCAUACUGAACUGGAUAGACAUACAGAGAACACAGAGGGUAGACGACCCCAGGAACAUACUUAAACCUGAAACUUCUCACCUGAACCAGCCUCUGCAGGGUGAUGAUGAGGCUUUUCAGUGGCGUUGGACACGUGACAUGGAGCAGCAGGUGGCCUCUUUGUCUGGACAGUGCCGCAGCCAUGAUGAGAGGCUGCAGGAGCUGACAGCUGUGCUUCAGAAACUGCAGGCUCAGGUGGACCAGGUGGAUGAUGGCCGGGCGGGGCUGUCGGUGUUGGUUAGAGAUGCUGUGGGACAACACUUGCGGGAGACUGACUUUAUGACUUUCCACCAAGAACAUGACCUCCGUAUCUCAAACUUGGAAGACAUUCUCAAGAAACUGACAGAAAAAUCUGAGGCCAUCCGGAAGGAAUUAGAACAGACCAAGCUAAAAGCAAUUAGGGAGGCUGACGAGCAGCACCUCCUGUCCACUGUCAGGCACCUUGAGUUAGAGCUGGAUCACCUGAAGUCAGAAUUGUCAAGUUGGCAGCAUGUGAAGACCAGCUGUGAAAAGAUCGAUGUAAUACAUGAAAAAGUAGAUGCCCAAGUCAGAGAAACUGUCAAACUCAUAUUCUCUGAAGAUCAGCAAGAUGGUUCUCUUGAAUGGCUGCUCCAAAAAUUUUCUUCUCAAUUUGUAAGCAAAGAUGACUUGCAGAUUUUAUUACAAGACUUAGAGCUGCAGAUACUGAAGAAUAUCACCCAUCACAUUUCGGUGACAAAGCAGAUGCCCACUUCUGAGACUGUUGUGUCUGCUGUGCACAAGGCAGGGGUUUCUGGAAUCACGGAAGCGCAAGCACGUGUUAUUGUGAACAAUGCUUUGAAGCUGUAUUCCCAGGACAAGACUGGGAUGGUGGACUUUGCUCUGGAAUCUGGUGGUGGUAGCAUUUUGAGUACUCGCUGUUCUGAAACUUAUGAAACCAAAACGGCGCUAAUAAGUCUGUUUGGAAUCCCACUAUGGUACUUCUCUCAGUCCCCGCGAGUUGUCAUCCAGCCUGACAUGUACCCAGGUAACUGCUGGGCAUUCAAAGGCUCCCAGGGCUACCUGGUGGUGAGGCUCUCGAUGGUAAUCCACCCAACUGCUGUCACUCUGGAGCACAUACCAAAAACGCUGUCACCAACCGGCAAUAUCACCAGCGCCCCCAAGGACUUUGCAGUAUAUGGAUUGGAAAAUGAAUAUCAAGAGGAAGGGUGGCUUCUGGGACAGUUCACAUAUGAUCAUGAAGGAGAGCCUCUGCAAAUGUUCCAUGUGCUGGAAAGACCUGACAGAGCUUUCCAAGUUGUGGAACUUCGGAUUUUCUCUAACUGGGGCCAUCCUGAAUAUACCUGUCUGUAUCGGUUCAGAGUUCAUGGACAGCCUGUCAAGUAAAAACACUACUUAACUAUUUUUGUAUAUUUUUGUAUAUACCAGGACAGCCUGAAACACUGGAAUCCUUCAUGGGUGAAGGCAUAUAUAACAGGACAGUGUCACCGUUUAAAUAAAUGUUACUACCUACCAGCAGGAGGAUGUGAAAAUUUAAGUGACAAAUGCUCUGAUGUCCAACUUGUCCACUGAAACUGCAUGUUGAGUGUGUUGUGUCUGUAAAGAUUGUCAGCAGCAGAGGAAAUUCGUUUGAUUACACAGUUGUCAUACAUACAUUGUUUCUGAACAUAAAGCUCUUUGUUUGUAUUAACAUCAGGAAUGAAGCAAAUGAAGGCUUAACAUGACUCUUCUGGAGUAUUUUUGGAGGGCAGAUCUUUCUUCUGUUAUAUCUAACACGUUUCUUUCAGGGAAAAACAAUGCCACCAAAUUUUCGGUUCUAAACGUCUUUCCUUCAGGAUGGGAUUUUCCUUUAUUCAGCGCCAGUAGUCAAUAAGUCCUGGGUGGGAAAAUGACAGAAAUGGCUUUUCUGCUUACUUUGCUCUUACUUCUGAGAAAGAUUUUCAGACAGGACUCAUUAUCCUAGUAUCUGUAAAGAAAUAUGGAAGAGUUUCAUUCUUGUAGGUCAAAGAGAGUCUUGAUUUUAAAGGGGAGGUUUAGAUCUAAAUGCAAAUGGAACUCUUGAUCUCACCUAAGUUCUUCCCAUUGGGAUGCACAUGUGAAUAGGAACCAGGAAAUCUUGUCUUGGGUGUUUGGGGGUUUUGAGUUUUGCUGAAAAGGGAACACUACAAUGCUCUAAGUCUUUCAGAGGCUGUACUUUAUUCUGCUGAUGCUUUUCAAAGGGGUUGUCCAGGGUGGCAAAUUUGUGAAACCAUCACAUUUCAGGAUCAUGGUUUUUCCUACAACAGCACUUUUUCCUGGCUGCAGUUGGAAUUUGCCUUUUAUUACAACUGUUGGGCAUUCUCAGUCUAUUCUUGUGAGACCCUUUUUGGUUAUAAUUAGUAUUUCAUAUUUAGACUGUUCUAGUGAGCGGACUUUAUAAAUGAGGUAUCUGCAAGGAACUUCAAGUGUUAACAGAUGUUUUAUCUUAAGAAUAAUUUAAGUUCUAUUGGGUUGACAGUUUUUGGUGUACCGUAAAUAUUGUAUUUCCAGAAAAACAUAAAAUGAUGGUGCUGACUGGUUUUCUGAAGAGUUUUAUGUAUAUUGCACAACAGCCCUCAAAUAUACAAAACUACAUAUAGUAGCGUUUUUUUUUUUCAUUCUCCUUAGAAUUGGAACUAUGCAGUUACAGUGGCUAAAAUGUGUACAGAUGUUUCAUAUAUUACAAGUUACGUAUGUAAAUGAAAAUUUCCUAUAAAAAACAAAUUCUGGAGUUGGGGUGGAAAUAUUUUGAAUAUUAAUUUAUUUUUAAAGAUGCAAGAUAGGACUUUGUGCAAUGUAUUUUUGUAAAUGCUUUUCCAAAUAUUUGUCUUUGGUAGUGCUUCUUUUGCUGCCACCAAAUUGAUAAUAUGCUAUUAAGAUGUUUAAAUAAAGAGUUUUAAUUUUUAAAAGUGC